AUGUCUUCCCGCCGCAGCGCCAUGUUCAAGGAGGAGGAAUGGGCGCGUGUCCAGCCGAUCAUCCGCAAGCUUUACCUCCUCGAGGACAAGAGUCUCAAGGAUGUCAUCAUCAUACUGAGCACACUCCACGGCUUUCGUCCAAGCAAGGCCCAGUUGGAAUCGAAACUCAAGCAAUGGCACAUGGCCAAGAACAUGACGAGCAUGGAGUGGAAGCACGUCGACACGAGGAUACGCAAGCGACGCCUCCAUGGCAAGGAGAGCAAGGUCUAUCUGUCAGGUAUUCCGCUGCGUCCUGCGACUGUUGAGAAGGCGAGAGGCCGCCAUUCCUUCGAGUCUACCCUCGACAGAGUCAAAGGAAAGGCGCCACCUUCACCAGAAGAUCUGUCCUUGAUCAUCCGCACCCCAUCCCCGCCGGCAGAGGUACAAAUAUGGAAUACACACAACAUUCCCUGGCUACUCGCAACAAAAUUCUUCAGAGUGUUCACCCUUGGGACGAUCCUCCAAGCUCGCCUCAGCAUUCGUUUCCCAGUCGAACAGCUGUUUUCUCUUGUUCUCGAAGAUCAUCCCAAGCUUUCCUGUCACACUAGCAAGCUUCAGUACACAAUGCGAUCGCUUGCAUUGAUUAUGCCCGCAACGCACCAGGAACAUCACGUAUUUCGUGCUGAAAGCCUUCUCCUAUCCCCGUUGUUGUCGGCUAGCAUAACUUCGGAGUCAUUCGAGCUUCUCUUUUUCCUUCUAUCCAACAAUUUUCUGACCGGUGCAUACGCUUUCGAAGACCGGAAAAAGCAGUAUGCAGUAAUCGGAUUGCUACUGGACAUGGUUCAAAGAUUUCGCGUUCUGGAUUUAUUCAGAACGCAACCGUUCGCAACGCUUCCAUUAAGCUUGCAGUCAGCCUUGAACCGUCUUUUCAAACAAGCCGUUCAGAGACAAGAGCUCAAUCUCGUACGCCAGCUGCUUCAAGUAGGUGUUGAUGUCAACCAAUACCUAUAUGUUAUGACUUGCGGCUCGCUUCCUUUCAUUGCGUGCAGGGCAAUCGAAUACGCGGUACUGGUGUACGACACGGCGUUGAUGAAAACCCUCAGCGAUUUCGGAGCCGAUUCUCGGUUCGGAAAUAUGAACAUGAUUCUCUGGGCAUUGUGGAGGCGGAAGAGAUAUGCCUCGGCCUCAGAACGUUCUAUUGUCUACAUUCUAUCGAACUGCAACUUGCGCCCGGAGAAUCACCAAGGGGCUGGUCUAAUUGAUGCAACAUGUCAAGCAAUUGGGUCAGAUAUGGCUUGUUCAGUCUCUGAGCAAACCAUCGGGUUCCUCCGUGUCUAUUUUCGAAAGCCAGCAUCGGUAUUGAGCUUACUGGUCGCGGCGGUCAAGUCAAACAGCAUGUUUACGUUGGAUUUAUUAUCAGAAAACCGCCAUCUUCUCAACAUCUCAAACAGCCUGGGAGAGAUGCCUUUGAAUGCAGCUGUGUGCACGGGUCUUCGUCGAGUAGUAAACCACCUGCUACAGUUGGGAGUCGACCUCAAUCCACCACCGAUACGGGCUGGUAAAGAUCUGGUCUUCGCCUCGCCCCUCCAAUGCGCUGCUUGUUUUGCCGACAUCAAUGGCAUUCGUCAGCUUGUAGAUGCAGGAGCUGAUAUCAACUUGUGCCACUCUUCCACUGCAAUCUAUAACCUCCCCGCAUCAAUGAAAGUCGAGGAUUCGUUCCAUGUUGACGGAUUCUCAAUGGGUUAUCUAGGGAAAACCGCUCUACAAGCGGCCAUACAUGGCAGGAAUACAGAUGCGGCACUGUUCCUGCUGGCUGCCGGUGCAAAGCUAGUGGGCGGAGAGUUAGCUCUGGCUAUCCGUUCUCGCCAACAAAGUAUUAUCAAUGCGGUUCUGGCAAAGGGAGCCUCAUUAAGAGAUGCCACAGAUACUGAAUGUGGUUCAGUUCUUGAGGCAGCUGUUCUGACAGAAGACGUCGAUUUGAUUUCAUGGAUCAUCGAAGCCAACCCCCAAGCCGUCGACGAACUGGCUUUGUCGGCUGCCAUUUUUGUCGCAAAGACUACUUCGAACCUCACCACCAUCCGCUACCUUGUGGCGGAGUAUGCGAAAAAACCAGCGUCCAAUGAUCUAUGGCUAGGAACAACCAUAACCCUAGCAGCGCAGCUAGGUUUACAUGAGAUUUCGGAGCUUAUGUUGACUUCCGGUCUGCAUCCAACAACGUGUUGCCGUGCCGACUCACUUCACCCACCUCCACCUCCAGAUUGGGGGUUUCCACGUCAGAUACGCAUGCCUAUUGAUUAUCUCCGUUGGCGUAGGAUCAUCCAGCAGAACGAUGCCCCUUCUCUGUCUCUGAUCAAUGGCGCAAUGAAGAACGGACAGUUGGAGUAUCUCGAACUAUUGCUACAACAUGGCUAUCAGGCGCCCGAGUUCGUGGAUACGCUACCCCGAAUGGAUGCAAACCUUGAAUUUCUCCAAACACUUCACAAGCAUGGAAGCAGGAUGACCUCUCGACUUCUCUCAAACUCUAUAGAAUACGGCUAUGAUCAGAUCACCCAGUGGAUCUUAUCGCUAAAUAUGGAUCUUGCUGCAACUAUACACGACGACGAAUUAAAAACUGUGCCUUUUAUGAGAACACCGUUGCAAGCCGCGGCAGAGAAAGGAGACAUCACUUUGCUCGAAAGACUCAGUACACUAGGUGCCAACAUCAACGAUCCCCCAGCGAGGUGGGGUGGGGUCACGGCACUCCAAGCUGCUUCUAUCCAAGGGUACUAUGGUCUCGUGAAAAGAUUGCUGGACUUGCAAGCAGAUCCUAAUGCACCGGGAGCAGUCAUCUAUGGCCGAACAGCGCUGGAAGGAGCGGCCGAACAUGGGAGGUUGGACGUGGUGCAACUACUUCUCAAUUCGGGGGUCGAGACCUGUGGCAGCGGCCGCCGUCAUUAUGUUCGAGCCAUCGAGUUCGCUCGUAGAGAGUGUCACCAUAUUGUUUUGAAGCUUCUCAGGUCCCACCGGCCUUGGACCGAAGCAGACCAGGAGCUUCUCGAGGACGAAACUCUUCUGAAUCCUGACCAGACUCCAGAAGGUAUCGCAGAGCGGCGCAGAGAGCUCGAGGGACACAUAUCUCAGGCAACAAAUGAUGACGAGACCAGCGGUUACGAAACUAGCGAGUAUGAAGACAGCGAGUACGAAGACAGUGAGUACGAAAAUAGUGAAAACGAAACCAGCGACGAUGAAGCCAUCAACGAUAACGCGGAAGAGGCGAGCCUCAAUCGCCUUCCAGCUCCAACUCUUGAGGAAACCAGGGAGGUUCUACGGAUCAAUGACGAGACCCCGGUUCUACCCGGGGACGCCAUCUGGGCAGAAGCAUACGAGAAUUGGUCUUCGGAGUUCCCUUGGUCAAUGGAAUAAG